AUGGGUCGCGUUCGCACGAAAACGGUCAAGAAGGCCUCUCGUCAAAUCAUCGAGAAAUACUACUCCCGAUUAACUCUCGACUUUGCCACGAACAAGAGAAUCGCAGAUGAAAUCGCCAUCAUUCCGUCCAAGAGAUUGAGAAACAAAAUCGCCGGUUUCACCACCCACUUGAUGAAGAGAAUCCAGAGAGGUCCGGUCAGAGGCAUCUCCUUGAAGCUUCAAGAAGAGGAAAGAGAGCGUAGAAUGGACUUUAUUCCGGACGAGUCUGCGUUACAAACUGACUCGAUUGAAGUCGACAGAGAUACCAUGGAUAUGUUGAAGUCCAUGAACAUGGGUAACUUACCGGGUGUGUCUAUUGGACACAGAGGAAGACACCACAAUAACCGCCGAUAA